CAUAACUCAACUUCAUUUGUUUUGCUUUGAGUGAGUUUGGUGCACUGAGGUACAAUAGUGUAACUCGCAUCCAUCGGUUCCGUUUUCGUCGGCCAGACGCCCGACCUUUGAAAGUUGGACACUGCGCGCACAUUACCGUAGUGCAACGUCGCGGGACAGUGCAGAUUAAGGGGUACAAGAGAAAAGAAACGACGUGCGUGUCGUGUUUAAGAGCGCACAGUCUAAAAGAAACUGUUAGCCGCGCCGAUAGUUGUGUGCCAAACCAUGCGCCGCUUGCUCGGAGUUGUAUGGGCUCAGCUGUGUCGAUGUCAUUGACCUUCCGUGCCGGAGGCCAGUGCCCUCUGAAUGAAAACGGUACAUGCCCGCUUGUAACCUCUCCUGCGAAUGCCUUGUUUUGGUAUGGAGCCUUGCAGACAUACUACACGAAAAGAUAGUUCCAUGCCCAGGAGCAGCUGUAAGGGUAAAUAAAACAGACACAACUUGUACCCAAACAAUUCACCUACAGGGAACCUGUGAUGUACCCUUCAGGAAAUACCAUAUACUUUAUACAACGUGCAAUGCACCUUUUCUGCAUAAAGACAUGCACCAGUGGCGGGCUAAAUUACCUUCGUAAGAUGCAUUCGUCGGUUUCCCUGAGUGAUCAGUGCAUGAUUACAUCAACUUGUUCAGAACUUCAUCUGCUGAGACAAAGCACCGGCAGAGCUGUAUCACUUCAGCGGUAGAGCGCAUUGACGUGGCGUUUUAUGAGCUCGCAUGCUCCAGCCCUAGCAGUUGCAGCGAUUUCUUCCAGGAAGUCUUGACCAAGACAGCCUGCUUUUUCGAGCAGCCAGGCCCAGUUUCGCCAUUUCCAACGAAGUAAAUAUGGGUCUUCAGUAUUCGGUGCGAGCAGACCAAGCAGGACUUUUCCUGGAAAAGAUUAACUGAGAAUUGGUUCAGCAUGUCCAGUCAACGAUCGAGCAUUUUUUUGGUGACAUGUCAUGCGUUGAAAAAAAUGUUUCCAGGAUAAACACAGACGCCAACGCUGAGGGUCUCUACCCAUCCAAAGUGUGGUCUCUACAACAACAGCGAGCGUGCUGCGAGACCGCCAGUCUCGCCAUGAUGCCGCCCACGAUCGUGGACUACUUCCCGCAAGCCAACGGCGACGGGCUCAAAGUGAUCUGGGAGCAUGCGGUCAACAGCAAGGCACGCCUCAGCAGCGCGCUGCGCGGUCCCGGGAUGGUGCUCGAAGGCGACGUCAGCAUGGGUGCCAACGGGCGCUACCCCGUACCCGUCAUGGCGCACCCUCCCGUGCUCUCGAGCGACCUCACGCUGGACGAGUGGCUGCACGAACUCCUGCUCUGCGGCACCAAGGGAGUCAAGCUCGACUUCAAGUCGACGGAAGUCGUGGAGCCGGCCUGCCGGAUCCUGGCGCGCUUUGUUGACAAGUUCCGAGGGCCGGUGAUCCUGAACGCGGACGUCCUGCCGGGUCCAGACUGCUCGGUCAUGCCGCCAGUUGAUGCCUGGACGUUCCUGACGCUCUGCCGCACGCGGUUCCCCCGUGCCAUCAUCUCGUUGGGAUGGACGACAGACGACGCCUCCUGCAUCAAGAUGGGCUACACGCGGGAGAUGGUGGAGAGCAUGGGGGCCCUGGUCCGAGAGUACAACCUCGGCCAGCCAGUCACCUUCCCGGUCUGGCUGCCGCUGGCGCGCCGCUCUCUCGGCGACCUCCAGCGACUCCUGGCACAAGUCCCGCGCUCCUCGCUGACCGUGUUUGCGCGGCCCGGCCCACCACGCGCCGCCGCCCUUCCGGACUUGGCGGCGCUGCGGAGUGCGUUCAGCCCGUCGCUCGUCUACUACGACCUUCCGCAUGACCUCCUCCAAGCGUUCUUGCCUCUCUGCUAGCCUCCCCUUCCGUCAUGCAGCUUCCAUGCUCGGAGUAGCCUGCUAUAGCUCUGUCAGGGUGAGAACGGCAGGGAAGCUCGCGCUGGAGGCGGGAAGAGCGAAAGACCUCCUUCUCGAUCUCAUCCUGCCGGCGACGAAAGGAUGUAUCUUUUGAGACGGCCUGUUUCCGUUUUUGCUUUCUUGUUGCGCUUUUUCUCUCUCUGGAGAUGAUCGAGUCUUGUCACGUUUCGUAUGUUCCGAGAUGAUCUCUUGUCAUUUUUAUUUCCGCUUGCUUUCUCCGUAUGAACAGUGUGCAAUGCUGGGAGCCUGCGACUUUCCUUGGGCCUAUCUCCGAGCGGUACUUUUCGUUGGGUCAGGUGGGGAUGUUGCUGCGACUUGGCCCCAGAAACAUUUACGACGUCGAGUCAUUGUUUUGUCCCACUGACGGUCAUUAAGCCAAAACGUAAGGUUAUGCUAGUAAAAAGACAAACCUAUUUUCACGCACCCGAGUGCCCAUACAAUAUUCGGCCUACGAUGAACGAAAUGACAGUCUUGAAACUUGCAAACCUGCAAAGUACCUGGCAUAAUCAGUCACCUGAAAGCAACUGAAGUUUGCUUUUGUGUACCGAAAGGCGAAUUCGUGCUCCACACUCCGUGAAGCACAGUAAAAGCUACAAACUCGCGCUCCUAUCUUUGGGAGUGCGUUUUCCACAUUGUGACGGUGGUACACUUUGGAGCUAUAGUUUGCAUUCCCGGAGUUUGUGUUUACCUUAUUGUCAAAACUACCAUGCGAGGGUGCUAUGUUUUUUGUCUUUGGCUGCAUGAGCUUUCGUCUUGCACACAGGUGUACCGUAGGGUUUGGCACCUUUGCAGAGCAUCGAGCUUGACAAGAGCUUUUUUUAUUUUCAAAGCCGUCGCACGGCGUUUGCGUCAUCCCUGUUCGCCGUACCCACUUGCAUGCUUUAGGACGAUCUCUGCAUUUUUUUUUUUGUCAUGCUUACAGCACUAUUUCUGUCUUGCUUCAGACAUUUUUGUAAUGUUGAGAGGAGCUACCUUGUGUGGAAAUGCCUUGUUUCCUACUAGAUGGAACAUUUGCAUGUGUGUUUAUGUGUGCAUGUGACAUAUUGAUAAUAGAUGAUAGUAUGAAGCAAAGUAUAAGUGCAAUGAGAUACACGAUGGUGGCACGAAGAAGUGUAGAAGUGUGAUGAAUGUAGGAUUGGAUAGAGUAGGAUAGGAUGUCCUCGAGAAAGUUUGAGUAAGCUAGACUAGAUGACAGGAAGUGGGACUAAUUUCAACUGUACAACUAGCCAGGGAAAGAUGAAGUUAUGUCUGUUUGUUGUUUUUUUGCUUCUUCUGUGUGAACACAAAGACGAAUCAAGUGUCUCGGAUGAUGAGUGUGUUUGAACUCUGUCAAGGAAAGUACCGAUUACUCUGCUGGAUGAGAUAACGGUACACGGCAGCACUGUGCAACCCGGAGGCACAGUGCUGGUAAAGACGGGUACACUGCAAUCGGGCCUGCACUGUUGGAUGGCACGAAUGGGCAGUUUGGAGUGUUUACAAGAAUGUGGAGUCAUGCUUCAUUGCACCUUCAUGAAGUGCUACCAAAUGUGUAUGCUUCCACCUGUUGUUUAGAUAUCAUAAUGUAGAGAUGUUUGUGAAAGCUUUUUUGACCCCACCUCCCAGCAGUCUAGACAUCCCGGCAAAUGCCUGCAGCAAACAGUGUUUGGAGCUCACCUCGUUCAUGUCGCGAGGCCUGCUAUGUCCGGAGCCCAAGCAUGAGGAAUUGAUGCUCUUGACAGAGAGACUUCCGAUUUCAAGAUCUCCUUAUUGGCCAGGAUACCCCCCUGAAACUUGAAGAAUGAAUGGCAGAUAGUAAAGAGCUUAAGAUAAAGUUUAUGCUGUUCCCAGCAAUACAAGCGAUUAGCGAGCGAGCUGGUUUACCGUUGCGACUUUUACCUGUCAAUAUUGACAAAAUGCAGUGCUCAUAGAUAGAAAAAGAGCAACAGCUGAUGUUUCACUGAAAACUUCCUUGAGCUUAAAAGACAAAUUUAUAAUGAAAUUUCAACUGGCACCACUCUAUUUUCCUUUCAAUUACCAGGGUGUGGCAAAAUGACUAAAAACUUGCUUUCCUGCAAGGUGAUAUUGGGUGAAAUCUUAGUCGACAGCGGUUACCAUAUGUCCUCAUGAGUGAGGCAUGCAUAAAGUGAGUGCGUUGAGAAUUAGUGAAUCGACUAGGGAUCCGACGGUUCCUCAGAGUGUAAUGUGUCUGUGGCAGGUCAGUUAUUGUUACUGAAAUGUAAAGAUUGUAACAAUAUUUCCCCGACAUCUAGGCGGUAUGGAAGAGCUAAAUUUAAUUUUAAACAUUAAACAACAAUACUUCCUAGUUAGUAGUACCACUGACAGAGGCAUAUCUCGCAAUAAUCCAAAAGUCUGCAUUAUUGAACCUGAAAGUUGAAACCAAUCUUUCUGCUUGUUGAAAUGUGCUCGAAACCUCGGUACAGACUUAAUACCAAAACUCUCAUUCGUGUCAUGCGAUCUUGAAUCAAGCUACCAAUUUUUUCUUUUUCUUUCUAACCUUGCACAAACAUCGCUACCACAGACACGUUGGAAGUUGUGGGCUGACUGAGCGCAAUAUGGUGUAGCCACGUAGGGCUCAAGUUGAGCAGAGUGAAAGGAACCAGCGUGCCUUUGGUUGGUCAUUGCUUCGAGGUUUACUACACAAGAAAUACAAACAGCCUCAGAAGACUGAAUGCUUUGCCGAUGUACGGUUGCUGAGCUCUCCCCAGAACUAGUCGAGGUGCAGAGUUUCAGAUGGUGGUGUUCUCGAAAGAAAGUCAUGUACGGUACCUUGAGGAACUGCACAGCGAAACCUUCUACAAGGCCCAAAUUCUUUUCCUUUAUUCGCCUUUAGGGCUAACUUGCGACACUCGGGCGAAUUCCACAGAGAGCCCUUUAAUUUGGCCUGCGGUUAUUGGGAAAGGGGGAGGUCCCAAUUCUCCGCUGCAAGUUGAACCCUAAAGUACAUGUCCAACUUGCACAUUAGAAGGAUACGUAGCAGUGCCAUCGAAAAUAAUUCAUCUACAUCUGAAUGAGGACCAGAAAAUGGAUGGAUCAACUGGAAGGUGUCGACUUUGGAAUGUCUUACGACCCGUAGGUCACCCUUUCAGAAGCUUAUAUUUGUCUAGAGCUUUGUUAAAGUUGAGCGAAUUGGAGGGAACAUUUGCUUCCUAUACUGACUUGCAGACGAGACAUUUAAGGUUCUCUGUACUGCACACCGUGAAUUGCAUGUUUGCUCGUUGGGCAAUGGAGAACAAAAUCACUAACCAGAGCUGCUAUUAUAAAACCAAUAUGUGAGGCAUGUUUUUAGUGCCAGUGUAGUAUCUGCAUCCGCUGAUAGAUAGCACGAGCGGCAAGGGCAAAGUUACCCGUCAUCGUGGGGUUGUUAAUUCUUUUUGCCGAUCUCUGCACCUCAUAGCACAGCACUGUUGUUAUCGUUGUUGUUGUUGACGUCGAGCUUCUGUCACUGUGGCGCCUGUUGCAACGAAUCGCGUCGUCCGCUUGCCUUCUUCAGAGUCUGUAGCACGGUGCACGUUUGUCUGUUUUCUUUGUUGGGUGUACACACGUGAAAACACUUUCUGGUUCACACUAGGGACAUGCAGGUACUUGUAGCCCGGUCGUAAUGGUACGGCGCGUUGUCGGUAGUAGUGCAAGCGGGCCGACAAAACUGUGGGCAUGACCUUGCAUGGAAGCAGCGAGGGGAGCCGACCGUUUUCCAGAGAAAUGAUCCAAAUGUUGUCGGAAGUGUUGGCUGCUGCUUUCCAUGUUUCAAAGAUUUUGCUGACUUGCACACUUACGUUGUCAGAAAACUGGCGCUUCAUACGGCAGUUUGCCGCACCACUAAAGGCUCGAAAAAAAAGUGCCAUCAACAAAUCGCAACAUUUGUACUCCAUUUUACAAGUUUUACAAAAGCAUGAGCCGAAAACCACAGCCACCAAACCAGCUACGCGCCUCAGAGCACUGACACUUGAGCUACCUUUUUGCUUAAAAGAAUUUUUGCUAGCGGUCUGAAAUCGUAGGAAUUGCUUUUCCGUCCUCCAGGAACGUUAAAAUGGUCCAACACAAAGCAAACCAAUAUUGUCCAGGCUUCUUGAAACUUGCAUCCAAAGUUCAGAAAGUCGCUUUUUUUAAUAGUAACUAUCGUCAGUUGUGCUCGUUCCGCACAAGGCAGCAAAAUUGCAGAAGCCACGAGACAAUCGGAGAACGGAGCGUCGACAUUAUAUGUGUGGCUCGAUUGUUGGCUCCAGCAAAAACAAUACACGAGCUUGCUGUUCCGGAUUCUUGCGCCGUCCCCGCGCAGCAGGAGCAUGUUCCUCGGUCUUCUUCUAAAUGGAGCCUAAAAAAAUAAAAUAAAUGCGAAGGAGAGCUAUUUACUAAACUGCACGCAUUCUAUGAGUGUUCGCUUGCUGGCGAAGCAUUGUCUUGCAUUAGAAAACGCUACACUAUCACGCGAUGUGCCUAAACACGCCCCGACAUGACUAGUUGGCCUUUUGCAGUGUUGUUUUACGUGGUAUGGCAGGAAACUAGCUACGUCGGCCACAGGCUAGCCGUGCACGCGUCAAAACCUCCCCUCCAAAGCGCAACGCGUCUCUCCGAGAGCAACCGCCAGUACAUGUGAGCAUGCAUACCUCUAGAGAAGUGCCCGCGAAGACGGGUAAAAAGAUAUUGGCCCCGACGCACUAUUUUUGGCUUUUUUCUAACCAUGUAUUUUUCUUACACAAGAAUACGCUGCUAAAGCUUGGUAACUAUUUUUUGCCACGUAAGAAAAAAAAAAAAAAAGCAGAGUGGAGAGUACAAAGUUUUCAAAGAUGCCAUGUGCAUCCCCUGGUACAGAUGCUGAAUGAUGCGUGUGGGGUCGCAAGACGAAAACGAUGCGCACUUGCCGUUGCUAGUUGGAAGAUGUGCCCUGCCUAGUCCCCCCAAUGGCUUUUGACAAGUUGCGCUGCAAAUUCCCACAAUAGCCGCGCUUUGGAAUACAGACACCAUGAUGUACACAUUGUUACAGACUGCAUUGUGGCGUUCGGAGAUGAUUUAUACAGAUGUACUAGGUGUGUAGGCACCGGAAUAAAGCGUGUGCUUGGACCAGGAA